AUGCAUAAAUUUUAUAUAUACAUUUUUUUAAUAAUAUUCUUAAAAAAAUGGAAAGUUUAUAGUUCAGUAAAUAUAAAAAAAAAAGAAUAUUAUUUCUUUAAUUCUUUAAAUGAAAUUGAAAACAAAUAUUCAUUAGGAAGAGAAAAAAUUCUUUUAUUUUUUAAUAAAAAUAUUAAAAGUAAUUACAAUAAGAAUACCUUUAACAAUAUCAGUAAGGAUAAAAAUAUAUUUUCAAAGAUAAAAAAAAAAUUGAAGUUAAAUAAAAAAAAAAUAACAUCUAAAAACAUUAAUUCAACUAAUAAAUUAAGAAAAAAUGAUGAGCUGAAAAGAAAAAAAAGUAUAUACUUCUCUUUUAUUUAUAAUAAAUUGGCUAGUAGCACAAAAAGCAAUGAUCAGACAAAAAAAAAAAAAAAAUGUUUUAUUUACGAUGAUGAAGAAAAACAUAUGGAUCCUGAAUUGUAUGAAAGUUUAGGUGGUUGUAUAGAAAAUGAUAUAAAAAAUAAUUAUUUUGAUACAUUAUUAGACUGUAGUGAAGAUGAUUAUAAUUAUGAUGAAGAAGAAUUUGAUCAAGAUGAUUUAAGUGAAGAAACAAAAAGAAAAAAGUAUUAUGCAUACGGUAGAAGAUUUGCCGAUAAAGAUUUUAAUUCUGAACAUGUUCAGAAAUAUUAUCAGCAUCUGCCUAAAUAUUUUGAAGAUAAUAAUAUGUGUUCUAAUAAAAAUUUUAAAAAUGUAUAUGAAUCAAAUAAAAUUGAAAAUUUAGAAAGAAAUAUAAGAGAAGAAGAUUUAUAUUAUCCAUCUGUUCCAAUAAACUGGAAAGUAUAUGUUUGCCUAUUUUUUGAUAAAAAAUACAACUAUGAAAGUAGUAGUGAUAAAAAAGUUUAUGAUAAAUUUAAUAAAAGUAUUCGCCAUAAAUUUGUUAUGGAGUUUUUAUCAUGGGUGAAAAUAUCUACAAGAAUAUAUCAGAAUACUUCCAAAAUGUUGAUGUUAUUUAAUUUAAAAAGAAACAAUAAUAUAUAUGGAAAUUUGUUCUUUUUCACAUCAUUAAAUUUGCAUUAUGCUAAUUUGUUUAUGAAAUCCAAUCCAUAUGUUAAACUUGGUUUAUGUGAAGAAUUAUAUUUAUAUUCAUAUGAAGGAAAUAAUGACCAUUUUUUAAUAGGAAAUUUUCCUAAUUUAUUUAUAGAAAAAAACUACUUACUUAUAAAAUUCUUUAUGCCAAACAAAUUAAAAGACAUAAACGAUUUAUAUGAAAAGCAUAUGAGAUUUUAUAUUACUUCAAACAUGAUUUUUAAAUUAGGUGUUCUAAAAAAAGCGCGUAAAGAUAAUUUAAAGGAUCUUUUUUUAACAUCUUAUCAGUAUUUACCAAUCACUGAAGACCAGACAAAAAAAAUUUUAAAUAAAUUUGAUAAAGAAUUCAAAAUUUUUGAAAAGUGUAACAGUAUUGAAAUAAAUAAAAAUUGUGAAAUAGAAAAUAUAGAAUAUGGUAAUAAUGAAAAAGUGAAAAAUAAUAAACAUAAAAAAAAAAAGGAACUUGAAAGUAAUCCAUUUAAUGAAAAUGAAGUAAACGAAGAUACAAAUGAUAGUUGUAUAAAGAAGGAUUACCAAAGAUAUAAUAUAAACUGCUUAGCUGAACUAUGUAUAAUAAAUUGCAGAAAUAAAGAAGACGCUUUAGAAUUUCUUGAAAAAGAUCCUUAUACAAGAUGUUGUUUUUAUGAGAGUAUAUUUUUUUCCGAAGUAGCAGAAGUUUCUCCUCAUGUAAAGUAUUCAGAAGGGUAUAUGCCUAAAAUUCGAUCGGGAUUAGAUUAUAAAUAUGAACUAAAUACUGAUUUAAAUCCAUCAGAAUGUUUACAAGAUAGACCUGAAUUUUUAGAAAAUAAAAGUUUAAAAGAAAAGAAAUUAAAAAAUUAUGAAAAAGUAGAUUUCGAUUUAAUAGAUACAUUCAUAAAAUUGAAAUAUACUAAUAAGGAAAUACAAUAUGAAAAUGAUAAUCUAAAAGAAAGUCAAAUCGGAAUAGAUGAAACAUAUAUGAAAAAUGAAAUAAAAAAUGAAAAAAAAAAAGACAAUUUUUUACAAGAAAUUCAAGAAAAUAGUAAUGGUAUUUUCAGUGAACAGGAUAAAAAAAAGUCCCAGAAUAGUCCUAUUAUAAAUAAAGAAUAUAAAAAAAUUAAUGAAGUUCCAACAAAAUUUUUAGAGAAUAAUAUAGUUAAAAAUAAAUAUAAAAAAUACAAAGUAAAAAUAGUUGAUUACAAUAAUGAUUAUAUUGAUUAUAUAUGCAACGUUCAAAGAAACAAAAUAUUAUAUGUAAAAAAGAAAGCAAAAGAUAAUUCAAUAAAUAAAAAAUUGAAAAAUGAAGAAACUAAUGAUUCCUUUUCCAAUAUAUAUGAUAUUUUGUCUAAGGAUAUGAGAAAUCCUAAUAUAAAUAAAGAAAAGGAUAUAAUAUUAAUAGACAAUACGUUACAAUUUUUUGAUCAUAUAUUUUUUAAAGACUAUUUGGCGGAUUUUGUGUAUAUUUCUUUACCACCUGGUGAAUAUAUUGAAGAUGCAAAUUCAAUUAAAGAUGAAAAGAAUUUUGAUUUCUCUAUUUUUAAUAAUUCUUUGGCAACAGAGGAAGAUUUUCUAAAAAGAAGAAAUUUUCAACCAAGAUUUCUAAAAGGAAUAUGGUUAAAAAAAAAGCAUUCAAAAAUUUUAUUUUAUGAUAAACAAAACAAUGCCUUGUUAUUUGGGACAGGAAUCGACAAAACCUUUUCUUGGAACAAAAAAGUUGAUGACAAAAUUAUGAAAAGAGCAUUAAUAAAUAUGGAAAUAGCUUAUGAAAAAAUAAGAAAAGGAAGUUCAGUUUUUCAAGAUAAUGUAACUGUUCAUCAAGAAAAUGAGGGAACAAUAAAAGAAUAUACAGAUGAAUAUACAUCUUUUCAAAAUAGAUUUACAGCUGUUUAUAAUCAAUUAAGUUCUUCUGAGGGUUACAGAGAUUUAAAACCUCCACCAGGCCUUGAAUAUUUAAAUCCUCAUAUAUGGGAAAAGACUUCUGAUGAACACAAGGAGUUAAUUUUAGAUACAGAUAAAGUACAAAAAAUUCAUUCUGGCUUUUUGAAAAAAGUUGAAUUAUAUAAAGCAUCAAUAGAUGACGAUCCUUUUAUACAAAAGGUACCCUCAGAAAAUGAUAUAUUAAGUCAUUCAGAUAAAGUAGAAAUUGAAAUUUUAUAA